AUGCGUUCCCACAUUGCGCUGGUCGCUCUCCUUCCCCUCCUCGCUUCGACCUACGCUGCGCCGGCCGGCCCAGUGCGCCGCGACGAGUCCGUGCCCGGUGACCCACUGCCCAAGGCCGUCUCGGGUUCCGAUACCCCCCAGCCCCUCGAGAGUCCCGGCGACCCUCAAGACUCCACGGAUCUCCAUCAACUCUUGUCAUCCGACGACGACUUCUACAAGGCUCGCUUGAAGAAACGCGCGUACGAAGGCUCUGUCUCUCCAAGGCCGUACUUCGACAGGCUGACGGCUGCUGCACCCAACUACGCGACUUCCGCCAAAUACUACGACACUUCCGCCGAACACGCCGGCACCCCAACUCCAGAUCUCAAAGCACGCUUCUCUUACAUUGGGUCCUACGAUGGCGGGUCCUAUGCUGGAGGUACUCCCAACCCUGGCGAGCCCACCCGCGCCACCGGUUCCGCCGAUGGCUAUGGGUACGCUGCUGGUGGUUCAGCCUACGCCACCGGCUCGAUCGGGCCGCGUGCCCUCUCGUCCGGCGGCUACUCCGCUUCUGCUGGUGCCUCUGCCUCCGACGAAUACGCUCCUUCCGGAUCCUACUCUGCAACUGGCGCCUCUGCCCAAACUGGCGCCUCUGCUUCAUAA